GUUCGGUUCGAGUUCGGGACUUUCGGUGUGUUACGCGGCGUGCUCUCGUGUUGUUUACGUGAUGCACAUUUGAGAGUCGGGUGCACAAGUUUCUGACAGCUGCAGUUUGCAGUUAGUGUUUAAUCAUUUCAAUAGUUGCACAAUAUCAAUACUCGCAGUGGUUGAAUUUAAAACAAUCAAAUUGUUUGGCCAUGCGAAAACGCAAGCGUAAAGGAAAUUGUCACUCAUUAUGCUUAAUGUGGAACGCGUGUGGACAAUAUUGAUAGUCAAAAAAACGUUCAAUGCAAUUCCGUGCGCGAAAGUGAGUGUGUGAGAGAGCGAGAAAGAGAAAGAGAAAGAGAGCAAGCCGACGCGUCGGCGACAAAGUGUGAGCAAGAGCGGAAAUUGAGGCUGUCACGAACUUGCCGCAUUAGCACAAAACAAACGCAACAACAACUAAAGCAACAACAACUAUAACAACAAUAAGAACAACAAGUCGUAUACGUAUUAUUAAGGCACAACGGAGAAAGAGAAACACACAGAAAUUCGUCUUGCGGCACUGAGAAACAGAUUUGUAUAAAUUGCACCGGAAGUGCGACUCAGAUAGUAACUCCAACGCAACUGCAGAGCUGCUUACCAAUGGGCAAUACCCAAAACCAGAAUCGUUCGGCCCUAACGUCGUCGGCCCUUGAAAAGUCGCCAGCCACAAGCGGUAGCCUGGUGAGAUUGCCUCUGGUCACAGAAUUGAGGGAGAACCACGGAGGGGACGGGGGGAACAACAGCGGGAGCAGACGCAGCAGCCGGACGCGAGUUUUGAGCCGUUUGGUAAGCCAGAAGCGAGUUCGGGAUGCGUUCCUUCAGGCGGCAACCACGCCCAGCUCGACCAACGGCACUCGCUCGACGCCCACAUCACCGUUGGCCGAGUGGAGCACACCGGAAGUGGAGCAUGGACAAUUGAAUGCCAACACAGAACAAAUGGAUUUUCAUGACGUCGUCAGCCUGGACUACAACAGCGACUCCGUCGAGUUUCGCAAUUGCAGCAGCGACGAUUGUUAUGCAUCGAACUCCACAUUGACGAAGCACCGCCGACGUCUGCACUCCCUAUCGAUCUCUUCUUCUUCUUCCUCCAGCAACGAUACCGAUUCCGAUUCCCUAUUCGAUUCAAACAACAAGGACUUGUUGGAACUGCAGCGACGUUGUCGUGCAGAUAAGAUUGCCUGUCUGAGCCUGAGUCGAAUCACGUACCUGAACAUUGCCAAUGAGCAGACAGAGCAGGAGACGGACACAGAGCUGCUCAAGGACUCGUUGAUAACGCCGGAGAGCUCGCCGGACGAGCGAAUGGCGUUGCAGCUGGGCAAGAAGCUGGCCCAAGUGCUGGGCAAUACGAGUACGCCCCAAAUGGAAACGGCUCUCACAUUGAACUCAGCACCAACAGCCACAACGCCAACGAUGGGUGGAGGAUCGACUGGAGUGGGAGUAGGAGCAGGAACUGGAGGUGGAGGAGGAGGUGGAGCAGUGGCUGUUGCGGUGGCAACACCGCGUGUUGACUCACCCUUGGGCAAUGGCGAGCUGUUCAACAUUUCGAAGGCCAAGAAGGUGGAGUUGCAGAAUCUGUCGUCGCGUUUCAGUGCCGCCGUCAACCAAACAACAUCCGCAACUCCAACUCCAACGCCAUCCCCAUCUCAGUCGCAGUCUGCAUCCACAUUCGCAUCCGGAUCCGCACCUGAGGCAUCAGCAGUAGCAACGCCAGUUCUCUCAACCCCAACUUCAACUCCAGCUACAGCUAUAGCUUCGACUUCUGCUGCGACUCCGUCGACGCCGCUGGAAACGCAAUCAACUGUUAUAAUUUCGUUUAAAUCAUCUCAAACACCUGUGCAGUCUCAAGCGGCAUCGACUGACAAUGCUGCCAAUAAAGAGGAGCAGCAGCAACAGCAGUUGUUGGAGCAGCAGCAGCAGCCAGCUGAGGAUGGUGAGGAGGCACUAGAGGAGGAGACAGAACCGUUGCCACCGCCACCUGGUUACGGUACGCCCACCAAUCUGCUGUUGUCGAGCAAUGUGCUCAAAAAGGUGGCCAGCUUUUCGGUCGAGAGAUCGUCAACGGGCAACAGCAACAGCAGCGCCAGUGCUCAGUCACUGGCAACGGGCAACGAGGAUAAGGAUAAAGAGAAGGAGAAGGAGCGAGAGAGGGACAAGGAGACAACGCUGCUGGCGACGUCAACGUCAGCGCUGUUGGAGAAGCAGCAGCAGGCCGCUGUUGGCGCUGGUUCGCGACGAGGCUCAUCUUUUGUACCGGAAAAGUUAAGCUUCGCUGCAUAUGAAAAGUUCGAAGGUCAAAUGCUGAUCAAAUGGUUAAUCUCUACGCUGCAAAGCAACAAUGCUACAGGACAAGAUGUUUUGAAUGCAAUGGCAUUGCAGUUCUGCAAUAAUCUCAAAUAUGUUGGAGUACUCAAGCAGAUCUCCAAUGAGCAGCAGCAGCAGCAGGAAACCAUGUCCGGAUUUAGCCCCUAUGAAAUGUACCAAUGGACGCAUACGGAGCAGCCCACAACAUCGCUCCCUCUGACACCCGGCAAACUGGAUAAGGUGGCUGCCUGGCCCUUCUCUAGCACGCCGGCGGGAUUGAAGCAACAUCAGCUGCUGGAAAGCAGCAACAGCACACAACAACUCGAUGGCCAGAAGAUGUUGCAGCAAGUACUCCGCAAGCGGCUGCUCAACUGCGCGACUCUCGCCGAGGUGCAUGCGGUGGUCAAUGAGCUGCUCAGCAGCGUCGAUGAACCGCCGCGGCGUCCCUCUAAACGGUGCAUCAACUUCAAUGAGCUGAUCAAUGCCAGCGAAACAACCAUCUACGAGUGCAAUAAGCCAGUGGAGAGCAAAAGCUAUGCGGAUGCGGGCACACAAACCGAGGAGCAAGAGGAUCAGGAUAAGACUUGUGCGGGCACUUGUACGUGUGGAGCAGCCAAGGGUCUGGCGACGACGGAGCCAGUGCAGCCAGAUGUUGCAGCAACAGCCACAGGCACAACAACAGCAGCACCGCCUCCGCCACCACCUCCUCCACCACCGCCGCCGCCACCGCCACCCGCACCUCCCAUGCCCGGCCAGGCAGCUGCACCACCACCACCGCCUCCUCCACCGCCACCCAUUGCAGGUGCAGGUGCAGGAGGCGCACCGUUGCCACCCCCAGAACCCGCCAGUGCAGCAGGCCCAGUGCCACCGCCACCGCCUCUAAGUACCUCCAAGUCCGGCGCAAAUCUCUCGCCAGCGCCCUUGCCCGAUCCCGCUGAAGGCAAUUGGUUCCUACGCACAAGCAUACAACGCAAGAGCGCCGUUAAUCCGCCGAAGCCCAUGCGACCGCUGUACUGGACGCGCAUUGUGACAAAUGUGCCGCCAGUGCCGCGUCCGCCAUCGGUGGCCAACUCCACGGACAGCACAGAUAACAGCGGCAGUUCGCCGGAGGAGACGCCAAGCACAGCCACAACGCCAGCAGCCACAGCUACAGCAUCAUCAGCAGCAGCAGCAGUUGCGGCAACACCGGCGGCAGCUGCGCCAUCCAAAGAGAUUUGGACGGAGAUCGAUGAGACGCCGCUGGAUAAUAUCGACGAAUUUACAGAGCUUUUCUCCCGCCAAGCAAUUGCGCCCGUUAGCAAACCCAAGGAACUGAAGCCCAAGCGGGACAAGUCGAUUAAAGUGCUCGACCCAAAGCGUUCACGCAAUGUGGGCAUCUUUGCCAGAAGUUUGCAUAUGCCGUCCAUAGAGAUUGAGCAUGCCAUUUACCAGGUGGACACCUCAGUCAUUAGCCUGGAGACGCUGCAACAAAUCAGUCAUAUACGUGCAACCGAGGAGGAGCUGCAACGCAUCAAGGAUGCCGAUGGCGGCGACAUUCCACUCGAUUAUCCCGAACAAUUUCUCCGCGACAUUUCCCUCAUCUCGAUGGCCAGUGAACGCAUCUCCUGCAUUGUCUUUCAAGCCGAAUUCGAAGAGUCUGUGACGCUGUUGGUGCGCAAACUAGAGACGGUUUCGCAGCUAUCACGACAACUUAUAGAGAGUGAAGAUUUAAAGCUCGUUUUCUCCAUCAUAUUAACGCUGGGCAACUAUAUGAAUGGCGGCAAUCGACAGCGUGGCCAAGCAGAUGGCUUCAACCUCGAUAUACUCGGCAAACUGAAGGAUGUCAAGUCCAAGGAGUCGCAUACCACGCUGUUGCACUUCAUUGUGCGCACGUACAUUGCGCAGCGACGCAAAGAGGUGCUCAGUCUGUUCAAUAUGAAGUUGCCUAUACCGGAGCCGCCGGAUGUGGAGCGUGCAGCGCAACUGGACUUUGAUGAGGUGCAGCUGCAGAUCAAGGAACUGCACAAGAAGCUAACAGCUUGCAAACAGACCACAGCACAGGUGCUCAACGCAUCCAGCGGCAGCAUUCAGGAGCCCUUCAAAUCCAAAAUGCAGGAAUUUACAGCGAACGCCGAUAAAUCGGUGGCCAAGCUGCAUCAGCUCCUAGACGAAUGCCGCGAUCUCUUUCAGGAGACAAUGCGUUUCUAUCACUUCUCACCCAAAGGUUGCACUUUAACCCUGGCACAGUGUACGCCCGAUCAGUUUUUCGGUUACUGGACGAAUUUCACCAACGACUUCAAAGACAUUUGGAAGAAGGAGUUGGCAAUAUUGGAGAACGAAUUUAAAUUGAAAAACAUGAAAAAACAUACACAGGCUGAAAAUCGUCGCAAUAGCUGCGCUACCACGGCGCAGCCAAAAAGGCUUUUGUACAAGGAGCGCAUGGUGCUGCGACGCAGCCAAAACUAGUUGUUAGUCCAAAUUAGCUUUAGUUCUUUCCGUUUUUUAAGCUUAAUAAAAAUUUACGAAAAUCCUCGCACUCGCGCACUGUUCGAA